CAGCCGAGAGCCGCGGUCAGUCAGCCCCCGAGAGCCGCGGUCAGUCAGCUGCGGAGAGCCGCGGUCAGUCAGCCCCCGAGAGCCCCGGUCAGUCAGCAGCCGAGAGCCCCGGUCAGUCAGCCGCCGAGAGCCCCGGUCAGUCAGCCCCCGAGAGCCCCGGUCAGUCAGCAGCCGAGAGCCCCGGUCAGUCAGCAGCCGAGAGCCCCGGUCAGUCAGCAGCGGAGAGCCCCGGUCAGUCAGCAGCCGAGAGCCGCGGUCAGUCAGCAGCCGAGAGCCCCGGUCGAUGCAAGCGGCGCGCGCUCAGUCCCGGGUCGGAGCGGCCCCUGGAGGAGGAAACGCGGCGAAAGAACAAUGGGCUUCAUGAGACUGUAGGAACGACGCAGCUUUUGUCAUCCCAGGGCCGGACUCCUUUCUGUGUUGUGGCCACAGCUGGCAGCACCGUGUUCGGGGCCUUCGACCCGCUCCAUGACAUCGCAGAUAUUUGUGAGAUACACAAACUCUGGAUGCAUGUGGAUGCAGCUUGGGGAGGUGGAUUGCUGUUGUCCAGAAACCAUUCUUAUAAACUCAGUGGCAUUGAAAGGGCCGACUCCGUGACCUGGAAUCCCCAUAAACUCAUGGGUGUUCCCCUUCAGUGUUCUGCUAUCCUGACCCGGGAAAAAGGUCUUCUGGGAGCAUGCAACCAGAUGCAGGCUGAAUACCUUUUCCAGCCUGAUAAAGUCUACAAUAUUAACUUUGACACCGGGGAUAAAACUAUUCAGUGUGGCCGACACGUUGAUGUCUUUAAGCUCUGGUUAAUGUGGAAGGCAAAGGGAACCUAUGGCUUUGAGGUACAGAUUGACAGAUAUAUGGAACUUGCAAAAUACUUCCAUAAAGUUUUAAAGAAAAAAGAUAACUUUAAGCUUGUAUUUGAUGCAGAGCCUGAGUUCACCAAUGUCUGCUUCUGGUGUUUCCCACCAAGACUUAAACAUAUCCAGAAAAGUUUUGAAAGAGAUCAAGAACUGCAAAAGAUUGCUCCAAAGAUUAAAGCACAGAUGAUAGUGGAAGGUACAGUCAUGCUCAGCUACCAGCCCUAUGGGGACAAAGUAAAUUUUUUCCGAAUGGUCUUUUCUAAUCCUGCCACAAGACAAACAGAUGUUGACUAUCUUAUUGAUGAAAUUCAAAGACUUGGGAAAGAUUUAUGAUAUGGCAGUAUAAACUUGAAUACUGAAUGUAAAAACCAACUUGAAAAGUCUAUUACUGAAGA